AUUUUGACAAGCUCUAUAUUUAUUUAACAAACAUUUUACCAUCAUAUCAAUCAUUUAUACGUGAGUAAUAUAUCACAAGAAGCUCAGAAACGUCAAAUUUAGACAAAUUUAUUUUGUAAACAAUGGAUAAUCUGCCAAUAGAACUCUUAAUUUACAUUUUCAACUAUGUCCCAAAUCAUAUUAUAUCAAUUUCUCAAGUCUGCCGAUACUUUAACUCAAUAGCAACUGAACAAAUCAGGAAAACUGCAAUAAAUUUUCAUCGGGAAAGUGAAAAACAAAUUGAAAAUGUCUCAAAACAUUUGGAAAGUUUUAAAGGAUUAAAGUCACUGGAUGUGAAACUAGGCUUUGACGUUAAUAUAGCAGAGAAAGCCGAUUUUUGUGCAAUACACAGCAAUAAGAUAACUCAAUUGAUUCUCAGUGACUUUUCAUUUUUAAACCCAUUCUUUGACAAAUUGAACGUUAACUAUAGCAAUCUGGAUACAUUAAUAAUCGAGAACUCAGACCUUACAUCCUCAUCAGAUGAUCUCCCUAAUUUCAUCCUCAAGUCAUGCAAUAAUCUUAAAAAUCUCAAAAUUUCUGGAUGUUCUGGAUUAGAGAUUGAUUCAUUGAAUGCUAUUGGACAGAACUUGUGCAAUACAAAGAUUGAGAAGCUUGAGCUUCAUCCAACAUACUCGUACUUUGAUAUGUCAACACAAAAUAAUCGUGAUGAAAGUUGGACUAUUGAAAAUCUUAAUACACUGUCAGUAAGAUCAAAACUAGUCGUCAUGAAGAAAAACUUUGUCCGUAAUAUGCUGGGAAAUAAGAGGACGUUUCCAAACAUGAGAAAAUUGGAACUAAUCGCAGAACUAAACUUUGGCAAUAACUUUAUAUCCGUAUUAACACAACAAUUUCCAAAUUUGGAAUGUCUCUCUAUUGGCAAAGGAGUCAUGGACGUACAUAAUCAAGACUUUACAACCAUUUGCAAUCAGUACAAGUCACUUCGUGUUCUAGAAUUUCAUUUUAUUCAUCAGGAUGAACCGUUAGAUUUAAGAUAUCUGCAAAUUAAUCAGUGCAUUACAAAAUUAACAAUUGGAUUGACCAAAGAUAUAUCGCAUGCUGAUCUUCAGAAAAUAUCCAAGAAUCUACCUAAUUUAACACAUCUAAGUGUUAUUCUGUACUACUUAAUACCGUCUAAUAAGAAUUAUUUGGAACAACUAAUCAAGGCAUUCUCUAAUGUUAAGCAAAUCUGCUUCUCUCACAUUGGGAUGCUUGAGAAAAUCAAAAUUAUGCUUUAAUUUACUACUAUAUUUUUCUUUUUUGGAAGUACUUUACACACAUAUAUAAUAUAUAUUUAAUGACUAAUAAAUGGAACCUUAUUUUUUCAAUGACAUGUACGUUCUCUAAACUUACUAGUGGAAAACUUACUCUCUUAUCAGCAAGUCCUUAAUAUUUUGACCCCCAACUGUACAAAGUAAGCAACAAGGCAUGAGAAUUUGACUUCAGCACAUCACAGAGUCUAUAAAUUAAGUUUAGCAUACAAAGGGAACAUUAUCAUGACUCAAAAGAUAUAACGUGAGAGAUAAGAAUCUAUUUUUCUCACAAGUUGUGAACGAGAAAACAACAUGUCAAUCAGUACGAAUUGAGAGUUGUGCUGUAAACUUGUCGAAUUGUGAAAAUUACGUUGUGCUGAACGUCGAAACUUUGUUUUGAUUUUUAUUAUUUUUAUGUUCUUUAAAGGAAGGCUGUAUAUAAAAACAGAAUGU